GGCGACCAGAAAUAGCGAGCGAUCAGCUCACUGUUUCAGCGUUUCCCGUUGAAUCCAUCGAUUUGACACGGCAGCCGGUCCACUUGAUCUGUCUCUCCAGGAGACACUAGAGUCUAGACAGUAAAUAGUAAGUCUGGGUGGCCAAUCGACGACUGCCAGUUCGUUCCAGAAAUUCUCCAGGAAACUCCUGAUUGGGGAAGGCGAGAGGGAGUUUUUUGUUUGAUUUAUUUUGAUUUUUUUUUUCGGCUGUCCGUUAUUUUUUGGACUGUAGAUUUUUUUUCUUACGCCCCUAUGUUUGGCUAAUUCCCUGUUUUCUUUUACCCUGCUUUAAAGCUUUCGAAAUCCGGAUUCUGUGAAACCUGGUAGCAAGACGCAAGCUUGUUGGUUAGCAGUUGGAAAUGUCGGUCGUCACUGAGCUCCGUCGGGGCUCCAUCACAGUCAAGGCUGUCGAGGAGCCUACAGACUCUGUCCCCAAUCUCAAGACCAUCAAGGACAGCAUCCCGAAGGAAUGCUUUGAAUCCUCCGUCGUCACCUCGCUGCUGUACCUGGCCCGCGACAUCUUCUACUGCGCCGUCCUGACCUACGGCGCCUUCCAUAUCCACCUGCUGCCGUCUCUGCCCCUACGCGUCCUCGCCUGGGCCGCCUAUGGCUUCUUCCAGGGCUGCGUGGGGACGGGACUCUGGAUCCUGGCCCACGAGUGCGGUCACGGCGCCUUCUCGAACUACCAGACCUUCAACGACUUCGUCGGCUGGGCCGCCCACUCCUUCCUGAUGGUGCCCUACUUCUCGUGGAAGAUCACCCACGCCCGUCACCACCGGUAUACCGGACACAUGGAGAAGGAUACGGUGUUCGUGCCGUGGACCGACAAGGAGCUGGCGGCCAAGAAGAACGUGCGCAUCGAGCAGCUGAAGCAUCUGACCGAGGAGACGCCCAUCGUGUCGUUCCUGCAGCUGAUCGGACACCAGCUGUUCGGCUGGCAGCUGUACCUGCUGAUGAACGUUACCGCCGGCCCCAAGAGCUGGCCUGCUCGAUCGGCCAGCCACUUUAACCCCGUCGGCGGUCUCUUCACGCGCGGCCAAUAUCUUCAGAUCGCCCUCUCGGAUCUCGGUCUGCUGAUUAUGGGCUCCAUCCUGUACUAUGCUAGCACGCAAAUCGGCGGCUGGAAUGUGGCGCUGCUGUAUGGAGUUCCGUACUUCUGGGUCCACCAUUGGCUGAUUGCCAUCACCUACCUCCAGCACACCGACUCGGCCCUCCCGCACUACACGUCCGAGGCCUGGACGUACACCAGGGGCGCGUUGGCGACCGUCGAUCGCACGAUGGGAUUCAUCGGACGUCAUUUCUUCCACGAGAUCAUCGACUACCACGUCGUGCACCACCUGUUCAGUCGCAUCCCCUUCUACAAGGCCGAGGAGGCCACCAAGGCGAUGCAGUCGGUGCUCGGCGAGAACUACCACGAGUCCAAGGACGAGGGAUUCCUCGUUUCGCUGUACAAGACCUUCCGCAGCUGCAUCUACGUGUCGGAGACCGGGCAUGGCAAGAAGGUGGAGCCGGGGGUGUUGCACUUUGUGACGAAGAAGGCCGAAUAGCGGACGACCGGAGCGGAUUUUGGGAGGAAGGAAAAGCAUAGACGAUAGAGAGCGAUAGAGCAUGAAAUAGACGAAUGCAUCAACUGAACUGAAAC